CCCCGACUGUGCCACCCAUAGGCCAUGGAGAAUGAGCCACCAGCCCCGCACACCUCCGGCAGCGCCAGUGUCACCAGCAGCACCAAUGGCUCCAGUAGCAGCAAUGGCAGCAGCGGCAGCGGCGGCGGCAGCGGAGGAAGCGGCCGUGCCACGGGGCCCCAGAUUUCUGUGUACAGUGGCAUCCCUGACCGGCAGACCGUGCAGGUGAUCCAGCAGGCCCUGCACAGGCAGCCCAGCACGGCGGCUCAGUACCUGCAGCAGAUGUACGCCGCCCAGCAGCAGCACCUCAUGCUGCAGACCGCAGCCCUGCAGCAGCAGCACCUGAGCAGCGCCCAGCUCCAGAGCCUGGCGGCCGUGCAGCAGGCGAGCCUGGUGGCCAACAGACAGGGGAGCGCUUCCGGCAGCAGUGUGUCCGCGCAGGCCCCAGCGCAGCCAUCCUCGAUCAACCUGGCAGCGUCCCCAGCCGCAGCCCAGCUCAUCAACCGGGCUCAGAGCGUGAACUCGGCGACAGCCUCAGGCAUCGCGCAGCAGGCGGUGCUGCUGGGCAACACAUCUGCUCCAGCCCUGACGGCCAGCCAAGCCCAGAUGUACCUGAGAGCACAGAUGCUCAUCUUCACGCCCACGGCCACCGUCGCUACUGUGCAGCCUGAGCUCGGCACUGGCGCCCCCGCCCGGCCCCCCACCCCCGCCCAGGUGCAGAACCUGACCCUCCGAACACAGCAGACUCCAGCUGCAGCCAGCUCGGGCCCUACCCCCACUCAGCCUGUGCUGCCCAACUUGGCCCUGAAACCCUCGUCUGGGGGCAGCCAGCCCGUGCCUACCCCUUCACAGGGCAGAAACACUGCUCAGGGGUCCCCUGCAGGUGCCAAGCCUGGUGUCACGGACAGUGUGACAGAGCCGCUCAAGAAGGGAGACGGCAGCAGCAGCAGCAGCGUGCCCGGGAGCACGGAGGGCCGGGCUGGGCCGGGCCGGGCGGUGCCCGCUGUGGCCGCCCAUCCCCUCAUUGCACCAGCUUAUGCCCAACUCCAGCCCCACCAGAUCCUCCCACAGUCAUCUUCUAAGCACCUACAGCCCCAGUUUGUGACCCAGCAGCAGCCGCAGCAGCCGUCCCCGCCACAGCAGCCACAGCACAGCCAGCAAGCACGGCCUGUGCUCCAAGCCCAGGCCCAACCCCAGCUCGCCUCGGUCCCGCCAAGCUUGGCCCUGCAGCCCAGCUCUGAAGCCCAUGCUGUGCCGCUAGGGCCCGUGACCCCUACCCUGCCACUCCAGUGCCCCACUGCCAACCUGCACAAGGCUGGCAGCAGUCAGCAAUGCCACCCUCCCACAGCGGAUGCCGGGCCUCAGAAUGGACAUCCUGAGGGCGUGUCGCACGCCCCUCAGCGCAGGUUCCAGCACACGUCAGCUGUCAUCCUGCAACUGCAGCCCGCUUCACCAGUGCCCCAGCAGUGCGCCCCUGAUGCCUGGAAAGACGUGGCGCCUGGGGAGAAGAGUGGGCCUGAGUCGCGGCCUGACCUCUCCCCGCAUCAGCAAGCCAUUGUCACUGCCGUGCCUGGUGGCCCGCCUGUACCCAAGAGCCCUAACGUCCAGCAGUCCCCAGUUCACGAGACAGGGCAGGGCAUUGUUCAUGCACUGACCGACCUCAGCAGCCCCGGCAUGACCUCAGGGAACGGAAACUCUGCCUCCAGCAUCGCCGGCACUGCCCCCCAGAAUGGUGAGAAUAAACCACCACAGGCCAUUGUGAAACCCCAAAUCCUGACGCAUGUUAUCGAAGGGUUUGUGAUCCAGGAGGGGGCGGAGCCUUUCCCGGUGGGACGCUCGUCCCUGCUGGUGGGGAAUCUCAAGAAGAAGUAUGCCCAGGGGUUCUUGCCUGAGAAGCUUCCCCAGCAGGAUCACACCACCACCACAGACUCGGAGAUGGAGGAGCCCUAUCUGCAAGAAUCCAAAGAGGAAGGUACUCCCCUCAAGCUCAAGUGUGAGCUCUGUGGCCGGGUGGACUUUGCCUACAAAUUCAAGCGUUCCAAGCGCUUCUGCUCCAUGGCUUGUGCAAAGAGGUACAACGUGGGGUGCACCAAACGUGUGGGGCUUUUCCACUCGGACCGAAGCAAGCUGCAGAAGGCUGGGACCACGGCCCACAGCCGCCGUCGAGCCAGCAAGGCCAGUCUGCCCACACUCACCAAGGACACCAAGAAGCAGCCAACAGGCACCGUACCCCUCUCCGUCACUGCCGCUUUGCAGCUAACACACAGCCAGGAGGACUCCAGCCGUUGCUCAGAUAACUCAAGCUAUGAGGAACCCUUGUCGCCCAUCUCAGCCAGCUCUUCCACCUCCCGCCGGCGACAAGGCCAGCGGGACCUGGAGCUCCCUGACAUGCACAUGCGGGACCUGGUGGGGAUGGGACACCACUUCCUCCCCAGCGAGCCCACCAAAUGGAACGUAGAAGAUGUCUACGAAUUCAUCCGCUCUCUGCCAGGCUGCCAGGAGAUAGCAGAGGAGUUCCGGGCCCAGGAGAUCGACGGGCAGGCGCUGCUGCUGCUCAAGGAGGACCACCUGAUGAGCGCCAUGAACAUCAAGCUGGGGCCUGCACUCAAGAUCUACGCGCGCAUCAGCAUGCUCAAGGACUCGUAGGGCGCGGCCCCCCGUGGCCCAUGCGGCCAGGGCUCCUCCCGCCCGAGCCCAGCCCAGCCAGACAGACAGACAUUCCUGAGGGGCCCAGGAAGGGGGCCAGGUGGAGGAAGGGCUCUCCCUAGGGGCGUGGCUGGUGAGGGGGUCUGGGCACCCCCUCCGUGGCUCUCAGGGGCCUUCAUUUCUGUGGGAGGGGCAGAGAGGUAGGUGGCGCAGAAGACGGGGCUUACGCUUGUAAAUACUGAUGGCACUGGCUUCCUCCAAAGUCCCAGUCUCUAGCCCCGCCCUCUUCCCCUCUCCCUGCCCCCAUUUUCCAGGGGGCAUAUGGUCAGGGCUCCCCAACCGGAGUUGGGGCCUGGACAGAGGCCUUGAAAGCCCUUGCCUGUCUUAUCCCACUUCCUUCUCCAUUGCCAGCUUCUCCCUUUCAGCCUGCGGCCACGGCGACCGGGGGUUCUCCCUCAUGCCCUCUGCAGGGGGACAGGGAGCAGCGGGCCCGGUUUGGCCACGCCUGCUGGCACAGACGCCUUAACGCUGUGUGUGUGACUGUGUGACUGUGGGAGCCUGGACUGAGAGAGAGGCCAGAGCCGCCCUCUGGCGCCUCCAGGUGUUUUGUAGCAAACAGCCGCUUAGUGCUUUGUCCUGGACUCCACCCAGCCUCAGGAUGGGGACAGAGGAGGAGGGCAGCCCUGCUGCAGAGGCCAGAGCAGGAGCUGGAGGCCCCCGGAGCCCCUCCCCACACUGUGAUGUCCCUGCACUGCCCUGCUGUCACAAACAGCAUUAAGGAGGCUGCCGGUGGCCUGGCCUCGUGCCCAGAGGCUGAGCCUCCCAGGCUGCCCGCUGCCCACCCGCGAGUGAGGGGAGGGCGAGCGGCAGCCACUGCUGACGGGAAGCAGGCGGCCUCUGCCCUCCUGCUCCCACACGUCCUCGCUUGGAAACUUCUAGCAGCAGUUUGAGCUACCUAAGGAGGAGGCGGGCGGGAAGGGCAUGUCCCGUCCCCACGGAAGGCUCCUGGGGGCAGAGGGGGCCUCUCCCAGCAGGGGUGGGCGCCCUCCUCAGCCUGUUCUCUUCCCACCCACACCCCCAGGCAGGGUUGGAAAUGAAGGACUUUUUUAACCUUUGUUUUUGUUUUUUAAAAAUAAAUCUGUAAAAUCACAUCUCUUCUGCCUUUCACCUGUCAGGGCGGAGGGGCAGGUCCCUGGGUUGGGGGCGUCCAGUCCGACUGCCUGACCAGAUGGCGGCUCCCGUGCUCUCUACUGGGGCCCAGGUUCCAUGGGGGAGCCCAUGCCACCUCUGCUCAUCACACUGCCUCUCAGAGGGAGCAUCCAGGAGCCCGCUCCGUGCCAUUCCCACCUGGAAGGCACGCUGGGCCAGGCUCUCCCAUCCGCCCUCGAGCACCCAGGUCCAGACAGCCCUUGGGCCUGAGCUGCUUCAUUCAGCCUUUCCCACGCGUGUUUCAGGUGCCGCCACAGAAAAUCACUACAACCAAGAAGGCGGCCGCUAGCAUUGAAUAAAGGAGAAAGGACAUUCCAGGCCAAGGCUAAGACAUCUGUGAGGUACACGGGGCACAGCAGGCCAGCAGGGCUGGUGUUGACCGUGUGCCUCUCUGAGCCAAGGCCUGGCUAGAACCCAGCAGGUGUGCCCACCCUGUACCUGCCACAGGGAAGGGCGUGUUCCUUCCCUUCCCCUAGGUUUUUUCCUCCAGGCACUGUUCAGAACCCCAGACCCCACCCAUAUGGAUUCAGAAUCUCUAAAGGAAUGUUUGGCAUGGCAACUUCAGAACCACAAUGCCUGUGUCUUGUAGCUCCCCUCUGAAAAGCCUGUUAAAAUGGAGCUACAAGCCAGAGGAGAGAGCUUGACUUUAUGUUUUAUGUGCACAGUGGAAAAGAGACCAAAACACAGAGAAUCGAGAGACCUGGCUUGCACAGAUGGAGGCCGUCUAUGUGCAGUGGAUGACAGGCCUCAGCCCCUGCACCUUUGAGGACUGCUUCCUUCAAUCUGUACUUGCUCUUGUUGCUUACAUUUCACACAGAAUUUCGCAAGUUCAGUCAUGGCCCACAGUUUAAAAAAAUAUUUCCUGGGGGCCAGCACCGUGGUCAGUAGGUUAAGCAUCCACCUGUGGCGUCAACAUCCCACAUGGGUGCCAAGAAGCAGGCAGCCUCUGCCCUCCCACGCUUCCUCACUGUCCUGGCUGCUCCUCUUCCCAUCCAGCUCUCUGCUAUGGCCUGGGAAAGCAGUAGAAGAUGGCCCAAGUCCUUGGGCCCCGGCACCCAUAUGGGAGACCUGGGUGAAGUUCCUGGCUCCUAGCUUUGGGUUGGCCCAGCUCAGGCCCUUGCAGCCAUUUGAGGAGUGAACCAGUGGAUGGAAGACCUUUUGCUCUGUCUGUAACUCUGCCUUUCAAAUAAGUAAGUCUCAAAAAGUACUUUGGUGCCAAAAAAAAAAAAAAAUAGAAA